AUGUCUGCCACUGACUUGUUCCAGAAGAGACAGAGGUCAGACACUUCUCCAGAUACUCCUACCGCUGCCAAAAAAGGAGUAUGGGUCAGAGUCGAGCUUAAAACUAUAUCCAAGCAGUACUGGGUUCAGCCCCCUGACCAAGAUACUAGACCUUCUCAUUUGGUCCCUGUUUCUUCUCGGGCCCGAGCCCAGGAUAAGAUCCAGAAAAGGGCUAUCCAAGGUGCUGCCAAAAGGGCCCUGCAUGUCUUUAAUAACGCACCUCUUGUUUGGGUAGACAAGACUCUAGAAGCUCUACUGAGUAAAAAGAAGAAGAACACAGCCGAAACUCUCAAGAAUAUGCGUAAGUUAGCAGAGCAGCAGCUGGGGGAUAAAGAGCCCUUGGCGUUCACGACCAUAUAUGUUGAUGUGUAUACCUUGGAUAUCAAUGGUCUGAUGAUCCGGUUAGAGGAGGAAAAAUACCUCACCCUUGAGACCCAGUACAAUGGUCGUACAAUCAGUGAUCUCAAGAAAGGUGUGGAGGAAGGUCAGAAAUAUGUUUCAGAUGGGAUUCCAGAGAACCUCCUUAUCCCUUACAAGUACACUGUGCAGUACUUGAUCAGUCAGAGUCCACCAAUGGUACCCAUAGACGUCUGUCACCCAGAAAACCUGGAAGAGCUUGAGAAUUAUUUGUUCUGA